AUUUGGCAUCUCAGUUAACUGAUGGAUCUUGUUUGUUAGGCUGUCCUCCAGAAUCUCUGACCGCCUCUGAACCUUUAACAAAAGUUCUUCCCUUUCUUCAGCCUUGAUCUUCUCAUUGCUCAGAAGUUCUUGUUGACACUUCAAUUCCUUCUCAGUUUCGAGAAUCAUCUGCACAAGGACUGCUGCUCAAUGGAUACCACCCGAUCCCCUUGUCUCCACUGCUGUGAAAAUAUGCCUUAUCAACACUCUCCUGCAGGUUCAUCUCCAGUUUGCUCUUCUCUGCUUGAAGUCAAUCUAGUAAAGAUGUGGGACUUCUGAAAUCUGCAGCCCCCGUAAAAAUUAAGACUAAAGGUGGUAUACCCCCAGCAGUUAAGCAGUAUCCUAUCGUAGCAGAAGCUAUUCCUAGUAUCACUAAACAAAUACAGAAUUUUUUGGAUAAGGGCAUUUUAAGACCUACUGUUAGUCCUUUUAAUACUCCCAUUUUACCUGUAAAUAAAAAUCGAAAGGAUGAGGAUGGAAAUCCUGAGUAUCGGUUUGUUCAGGAUUUACGAGCUGUAAAUGAAUAUGUAGAACCCCCACAUCCAGUAGUUCCCGAUCCUUCUACUAUCCUUACAAAAAUACCAAUUUGGGCGAAAUACUAUACUGUUUUGGAUUUGACCGGAGCUUUCUUUACAAUACCAAUUGACCCUGACAGCCAGAGUUUAUUUGCCUUUACAUGGGAAGGUCGCCAGUAUACCUGGACCAGACUUCCUCAAGGAUUUACUGCUUCACCAACUUUGUUCUCUCAAAUAUUAAAGAGAGACUUACAAGAUCUGGAACUACCGGCUGGGUCAGAAUUGAUACAAUAUGUGGAUGAUUUGUUAAUUGCAAGUAAAGAUUAUGACAGUUGUGUAAAAGAUACUAAAUAUGUAUGUCUUAGAUUAUAUGAGAAAGGACAUAAAGCAUCUCUCUCCAAAUUGCAGUUUUGUGAGCCUGAGGUAAAAUAUUUAGGGUUUAUACUAGCCGAAGGUACUAGGAAAUUAGAUCCAGAUAGGGUACAGGCAAUUCAGGAAAUCGCUAGACCUUUGACUAAGAAACAAAUGAGAGCCUUUCUUGGACAAGCUGGAUAUUGUAGACCGUGGAUACUGGGUUUUUCAGAGAUUGCAAAACCUUUGGUAGAGACUACUAAAGAUGUGAGCCCAGAACCCAUACCAUGGACGAAAGAAUUGGAAACAGCUUUUAUGUCCAUGAAGACUGCCUUGGUAAAUGCUCCAGCUCUUGGGUUACCAGAUUACAAAAAACCUUUUAAAUUAUAUGUAACAGAGAACAGAGGAAUUGCAAAGGGAGUAUUAAUUCAGAAGCAUGGACCCUACGAACGUCCUGUAGCAUACUAUUCUGUUACCUUGGACCCAGUUAUCAGAGGAUCUCCAUACUGUCUGCGAUCUAUUGCCGCAGCUGCUGAGCUGGUGGAAAAGGCAAGGAAUAUUGUGCUAGGCCAUUAUCUCAUAGUUGCUGUUUCCCAUGAGGUUGAACUUCUACUAACCAAAUAUGCAGAAAAAGCACUCUCUGCACAAAGGACACACAGAUAUGAAAUGAUCCUUUUGCUAACGGAGAAUGUCAAACUUGAGAGAUCAAAGACUCUUAACCCUGCUACCUUACUCCCAGUGACUGAACCUGAAAGAUCACACGACUGUGUAGCUGUCUUGAAAACCAUAAGCAAGACUAGAGAAGAUUUGAGGGACACUCCGGUGGAACACCCUGAUUUGAAUCUCUUUACUGACGGAUCUUCCUUUUAUCUUCACGGUAAGAGAUUUACGGGCUUUGCAAUAGCUACUGAAAAGUUUGUUCUCAUUGCUGAACCCUUGCCACCGACAUUAGGAGCUCAAGCUGCAGAAUUGAUAGCACUAACCAAAGCAGCAUUGUAUGCUAAGAAUAAACGAGUUAAUAUUUACACUGACUCGAAGUAUGCCUAUGGCAUUUGUCAUGCAGUCGGUGCAUUGUGGAAAGAAAGAGGCUUUCUAACAUCUGCAGGUAAAACCAUUGCACAUGGGUCUUUGAUUAAUGACUUGUUGUUGGCAAUACAAGAGCCAAAGGAAGUUGCGGUAAUUUAUAUACCUGCUCAUACGAAGCGCACUGAUCAGCUUGCGACAGGUAAUUUUCUUGCAGAUGCCGCAGCACGAGCCGCCGCUACUAAAAAUUACCCCACGACUGAAGUUGUGGUUGCUAAUUUCUUUUCUAUCCCAAACCCUGAUACCCUUUAUCGCGAUGUCCCGACCACCGAAAUGGAAGAAUGGAAGAAGACGCAAGCCGUGCAAGAUAAAGGGACCUGGACCCUGGAUGGUAAACCUCUAUUGCCCAGAAGGAAAUCAUUCCUCGAUAUGGCGUACCUGAGGUGA